ACUCAACACCACAACACCACGCCAACUCCUCCCUCAUUCAGCAGCCAACACAUCUCGCAAUGAGACUCCUGCUAAUUGGGCUUACAGCUGCUCCUGGUCGCUAUGGGAUUCGUCUUCGGGUGUCUCUUGUCUGUCUUGCGCGAUUCCAGCUCAGGCGAUCAGAAGCCCGCAUCGCCACUCCAGCAGCGUCAUGGCCAGCUUCACGCUGGUCGGCAGGAGACAUACACAUAUCAGCGAAUCGACUCAGCUCGUUGGCUGCGGCUGCUCGACUUCGACUCUCAGUCUGCGACCCUCGACCUUCGACAACGACAUCACGGGAGCUGGUCCGUGCCCGGCCGUGAAAGUGGCGAUCUCUAGGGAAGCAACCGAGUCCAGACAAGUAUUAACCCUUGUACUCAACCCCUCUAUUCUUCUUCGUCCUAGCAUGAGAUCAGUAACUUGGCUGACUUGGACUUAGACAGGAUACUUC